ACUAGGCCACGGCUCAGACCUCAUGUCCCUGUAGGAAAGCCGGCGAAAGCCGGCGCAGUACAACGCCGUACACCAGGAACUGCGUCUGAGAGUGUCACGAUCAUUUUCAAGACUCGCAGCGGGAGCGGCGAAUGGGACACGGUGGUCCACGAGCUGGUGGUCGACCAGUCUGAUCCGCCCCCAGUGGAGCAAAUGGCUAAGAAGGACGCGCGAGAUCGGAUGGCUAUAUUCUAUGACAAGAGUCUCCGCACAAUUCCCCCCACGCAGUGCUUCGAUGCGGCCAUUGAGGAUGGGACCAACACCAUUCUUAUAGCGUUCGGAGACGAGUUGGUUGUUGAUGAGGAGGCGGUGGUGUCAGUCUCACGGGCGCUGGGAGCCGAGCAGGGAAAGCAGGCCAAA